ACGUUGAGAGGGGCUAGCAGCAUUAGCAUUUCAGAAGAAGGUGGUGUUUUUUUCAGGACUUUUUUAAGGUUGUUGGACAGAGUGGACGACACGUGGUUUGUGUCGGAACUCUUCGCAUUUUACAAGGUCAAAGUGUCGUAAACUAGACAAUUAGUGAUUAAUGUAAGGACGGAUGUGAUUGUGAGACUAAAUGAUCGGAACUAACUAAGAGGACGGCGGUGUUUGUGUGAGUUUGAGUUCAAAUCGGAGCAGCUGCAGGAACGAUGUCUUCACUUCAGUCUCUGAGAGAGUUUAUCAGCGAGCGACUAGCUGCUGCAGCUGAAGAAAUCUUCAAACACUGUGAAGGAACCAUCGUCCAGUACGAGCAGGAGCUCUGUCGUCAGCGCAGACUGCUGGAUAUCUGGAAACCACAGCUUCAGCUGGACGCUAUAGACCUCCCCCAGCAUUAUGUAAGUGAAAAGGAGUAUUGCUGCAACAAGCAGAGGAACUCCAGAGUCGAACAGGGGGAACCAGAGUCUCAACAGAUUAAAGAGGAAUAUGAGGGACCGGAACCUGCACAGAUGAAAGGGGAGCAAGAAGGACUCUACAUCAUUCAGGUUGAAGAAGAGCUUGAUCUGAAGCAGGAAACUGACACCUUGAUAGUGACUCCUACAGAUCUAAACAAUCUGCAGAGCUUUAAUGUAACUGAUAGUCAGGAUGAAGAAGAAGGCCCACAUGAAGAAUCAACAUCAACUACAGAUGGAGAGACAGACCCACAGAACAAAGAUCGGAGGAAGAGAAAAGACAGAAGUCCUGUCCAAAACGUGGACAGCUCUCACAUGUCAGAAAGUCAAUCUGACUCUGAUGUUAGAAAAAAAUCAAAGAUGGCAACUUUGAUUAAGAAAUGCAAACAAUCCCUCAAAAGAAAAACACUUUCCUACAUACAGUCUGGUAAAAUAACAAGAAUUGCACAUAAUGUGACUGUCCACAGGAGAACUGUGUCUAAUGAAAGACCCCAUGUCUGUGAAGAAUGUGGUAAAGGUUUUGGUUACUGGUUUAAGUUCAGGAAUCACUUGAGAACUCAUACAGGAGAGAAGCCUUUUUCUUGUGAAGAAUGUGAUAAAAGUUUUUGUGACAGGUCUAAGCUCAAAAGACACACAAAAACUCAUACAGGAGAAAAGCCUUUUUCUUGUAAUGAAUGUGGAAAAAGCUUUUGUGAAAAGUCUAAGCUCAAAGCACACUUGAGAACUCACACAGGAGAAAAGCCUUUUUCUUGUAAUGAAUGUGAUACAAGUUUUAGUCAAAUGUCUCAUCUCAGAACACAUAUGAGAACUCAUACAGGAGAAAAGCCUUUUUCUUGUGAAGAAUGUCAUUCAAGUUUUAGUGAAAAGUCUUGUCUUAAAAGGCACAUGAGAACUCAUACAGGAGAAAAGCCAUAUUCUUGUAAAGAAUGUAAUAAAAGUUUUAGUUGCAAAUCUAAUCUAAAAACGCAUAUGAGAACUCACACAGGAGAGAAACCUUUUUCUUGUAAAGAAUGUAAUACAAGUUUUAGUCAUGUAACUAGUCUCAAAAGACAUGAAAACUCACACAAGUGAGAAGUGUUUAAAAAGGAAGUCAACGUACAAAAAACAGGAACAUUUAAAACUGAGAACUCAUGCAGUAAAAGUCGGUAGUGGUUCACAUCGCUUUGGGGAAAUCUUGGGAAAGUGUUCUCUCUGAAGAAUUUAUAAUUUUAUACAGAACACACAUUACACAUAGACAGAUUUAGGCACUUGUUUUGAAUUUGUUGAUUAUAUUGAAUGGGACACCAUUAUCUCAUCUCAGAAUUAAAAACAAUCACAAUAAAUAAAAAAUGUUUUUUUGGUGUUUUUGAUAUGUUCUUGUAGCAUUUUUCUCAUAAUAGAGGACACGUAUAAAAUUAAGAUUAAAACUGCAUUUCUGCGUCUUUAUUUAUUCAUAUCGCAUUGGAUCAGAAACAGAUGAAAAGAGGUUGUUGGAAAAAUCUCUGUCCUAUUACGCAGCUACAAAGUCUUGCUUUUUCAACUCUAAUUCUAAAUCUUCCACUUAAGAACAGAUACAUCCAUGCAUGUUUCCAGUUUCUCUGAUAUUGCUUUAUUUUAUUUUUUAUAAGCUCAAAUUAUUUUGGGUUUGUGAGGUGCUUGUCGCUAGAGGGGGUGAGUGUAAACAAAGGUAUGUUGUGAAUUAGUGAGGCUAAUUUCUACGCCAACAGUCCUGCCAAAACCCAAGAGCGAAUUUCUAAGAGUUUCUACAGUUCAGUUCUGUGUUGAAAAUAACACAGAUUUUUUGAUUUGAUCUUAACACUGCCAUAAUUAUAAUUAAAAGACCACUGGGUAUGAUUUAACAAUAAAAAAUAUAUAUAGUUGGAGUGGGAUUUUAAUCCUUUAACUACCCAACCAAAACAAAAUCAGUUAAAUAUUCGUUUCCUUCUCCCUAUUGCCUUUGGGGAAUUAAAGGGUUAAUGGUCUCCUAAUCUGUGUUACUAGAAUACACUACAUUCUAAAAUAUCUCACACCCCCCCGCUUACAAACUGUGUGGAGAUGGUGGGGGUUUUUUCCAGCGGGAUUUGGCUUCUUUCCACACUGCUCUAAGUAUCAAAAACUGCUUUAAUGACCAUGAUGUAACUAUAUGUGACCAACCAGCAAAGUUCCUUGACCUGCAUGUGAUGCGUGUGCUGAAAACAUACUUUUUUGAUCUUUCCAUUGUGAGAUUCUACGCAUUUAAGACACUAAUUUUUACAUUUUAAUCACCUGUAAGCCGACAAGUAUCAACAUCCAAAAAGAUAAAAGAUUGAUGCAUAUUGCUUUACAAUCUCAAUCUUGAGAGGCUUAGGUACUCACUUCAAGGCUCACUCAGGUAGUUUAAUGAGACCUGGAGCCCUUUCCUACAAUAUAUGGACUCCUUGACAUUUCCUCACAAUCUGGAGGCUGACUGAGCACCAGUGCAACAAAAAGCCACUGCUGUGACCCUGGUUUUCUCUCUUAUUACUACUUAUUUAAUUACCUUUUUUAUUUUAUUUA